AAGAACCUGGAAGGCUACGUUGGCUUCGCCAACCUCCCCAACCAAGUGUACAGGAAGUCGGUGAAGAGGGGCUUUGAGUUCACACUCAUGGUUGUUGGUGAGUCUGGCCUGGGGAAGUCUACGCUGAUCAACUCGCUCUUCCUCACAGACCUCUACUCUGCAGAGUACCCAGGACCCUCGCACCGAAUCAAGAAGACCGUGCAGGUGGAACAGUCAAAGGUGCUGAUCAAGGAGGGAGGGGUCCAGCUACUCCUCACUAUAGUGGACACCCCUGGCUUUGGAGAUGCAGUGGACAACAGCAACUGUUGGCAGCCUGUGAUUGACCACAUCGACAGUAAGUUUGAGGACUACCUGAACUCAGAGUCUCGUGUGAACCGGCGACAGAUGCCUGACAGCAGAGUGCACUGCUGCCUGUACUUCAUCGCCCCCUCUGGCCACGGGUUGAAGCCCCUGGAUAUUGAGUUCAUGAAGCGGCUACACGAGAAAGUCAACAUCAUCCCCCUCAUCGCCAAAGCAGACACACUCACACCAGAGGAGUGCCAAGAGUUUAAGAAACAGAUCAUGCGAGAGAUCGCAGAGCACAAGAUUAAGAUCUACGAGUUCCCAGAGACCGAGGAUGAGGAGGAGAUGAAGCUGGUCAAGAAGAUCAAGGAGCGGCUGCCUCUGGCGGUUGUCGGUAGCAACACCAUCAUCGAGGUGGAAGGGAAGCGUGUGAGGGGGAGGCAGUACCCCUGGGGCGUGGCCGAAGUGGAAAACAGUGAGCACUGUGAUUUCACAAUCCUCAGAAACAUGCUCAUCAGGACCCACAUGCAGGACUUGAAGGACGUGACCAAUAACGUCCACUACGAGAACUACCGCAGCCGCAAGCUCGCCGCCGUCACCUACAAUGGGGUGGACAACAACAAGAACAAGAGCUUGCUCACCAAACCUGACACAGCUGACGACAUGAGUCCCCUGGCUCAGAUGGAGGAGGAGAAGCGGGAGCACGUGACGAAGAUGAAGAAGAUGGAGAACGAGAUGGAGCAGGUGUUUGAGAUGAAGGUCAAGGAGAAGCUCCAGAAGCUCAGAGACUCCGAGGGAGAGCUCCAGCGACGUCAUGAGCAGAUGAAGAAGAAUCUGGAGGCGCAGCACAAGGAGCUGGAGGAGAAGAGACGCCAGUUUGAGGACGAGAGGAACAACUGGGAACAGCAGCAACGCCUGCUAGAGCAGCAGAAGCUUGACACCAGGACCUUGGAAAAGAACAAGAAGAAGAAGAUCUUCUGAAGUGUGUAUGCGCGCGCACGUGUGUGUGUGGGGGGUCCAGUGGACCGCCACUUAACGUUUUUAACCAGUUGCCAACUCUGCCAGCCUGCAUAAGUCAGUCUGUCUAGUCGACCAAAUACCCCCUCACCAACCCACCAAUACCCUGUGUGUGUAUGUGUGUGUGUUUGUGUGUGUGUGUGUGUGUGUGUGUGUGUGUGUGUGUGUGUGUGAUGCCCAUGACUCCUAAUCCUCCACUCAGAAAAGGCCACUUGAACGGUUAUGCCGAGACAACAUGUCUGAGCUCAGCCUCAUACACAGACACAGACACACACACACACACACACACACACACACACACACACAUACUGAGACAUCCACACAAGUGUGUACACACUGACACAUAUAGACAUCCACACAAGUGUACACACACACAAGCACAGUUCAUCUCAGCUUGACUUCUAACCAACCAGCCCUGCACACCCCUCCAUUAUAGAUCCCCAUAGUCACCAGUCCUCAACACCCCCCUCCCCCCCACCCCGCCCCUCAGACAGACUCCAAAUAAAGACCUUCAGGCUGAAUCUCACCUCAGGGGGUUGCUUUUGUCUGUUUAUUUUUAAUAAAUGAAAGAAGAAAAAAAAACUUUUUUUAAAAGGUUCCUCGGUCUUGCUCGCCCCCCCGUACCUGCCUGUUGUAAUUUAAACAGUUGAAGCCACAGAGUUGCCUACCUGCCUCUGUCUAACACACUCACCCCUCUUUUUGGAGUUUCUUUCUUCUGUUUAGUUUUCAUUUUUCAUUUUUAUUCUCCCUUAUAUACAGUAUCUGCUCCCACUCUUAUGUUGGAUGUGUGUGUGUGUGUGUGUGUGUGUGUGUGUGUGUGUGUGUGUGUGUGUGUGUGUGUGUGUCUGUUUAUUACAGCUGUUUCAGUCAACAGCAGUGAAGCAGUGUUUCAAAGUCUGUGUGUGUUUGUGUUUGUGUGUGUGUUAGACCUUUCUCCCACCAAAGCAGGCCUUUCCCUGCCUACAUUUAGCUUUGAUCAUGUACUGCAUCUGUAUCUUGAUUUUUUUUUAUUAUUAUUAUUUCUGUUGCUCUGGUGUGUUUCUAUUGUACAGAACAGACACUUAAUAAAUCUGUGACCAUACCUCUCA